UGCUGUUACAUUUUUUACGUUUGCCACAACGACCGUUGCGCAUUGUGAGCGCAACGGUGAUGUUCCCCAAAGCACAACACUUGCUGCGUCUGGCUGUCGUUAGUAUGUUUGUAAGGCUAGAAACAAAUGUCAGCGACUGGUAGCUAAUCCGUAGGCUAUGUUUCGGCCGUCUAGGGAUGCCUAAAACACGUUGACUCACCGGCAGAAAAGAGAUGUCGUGGUUCUACCAUGUCAGUCAGGGAUCAAAUGAACAACAACCGCAGCUUAGCGACACGUUUACCCCUGCCGUUGCCAGUCCCUUUUCCAGCCUCGCUGGUUCGACACAGGAAACCCUUGGCAACGCAAGACUAGAGUGGCCCUCCAGCUACUCGCCUCCCGGCUUGCUUACUCUGCCCUCGCCACCACAAUGUUCAGCUCCACCGACCCUUGAGUCCCUCUCGUGUGCAUCCCAUAAUGCAGUGCCAGGUGGGGGUUCUCUGCCUGUGUCAUACGUCACACUUCAGGAGUACCGGUGCGUAAUGAGCUGGUUCUUGGGGUGGACCAGCCCACAGAGAGAACGCUUUCUGCAGGACCUUCUGGGCAAAGCAGUACCUGGGAAAGUGUGCACUCUUCUAGAUUCACUCAAUACUCUACAGGUUAGAGACAGACCUCCGAACAUCUUUGAGUGCCAGCUGCGUCUCUGGACCCAGUGGUUCGAGUCAUGGAGUGAGGAAGAGAGGAACCACUUCCUGCUCGUCCUGGAAGAGCACGACCCGGCCUUUGUAGCACGGUUCUACCAGAGUGUGGCCGGUACCGCCGGGAGAGAGUGAUGGCUUAUGGGAGUCGAGCCAUGACAUCGGUGCUUCGAUUGAAGUAUGUGCGAUGGGUAAAGGAUUUGAAGGUGAUUGUGACUUUUAUAUCAAGUAAAAGCAGGUCUGAAUACCAAAUGUCUCUCUUCCUCCUCUCCCGCUCUGUCUCUCUCUCUCUCUGAACCCUACUCUGACAGUGAUGGUAGGUGAUCUAUUGUUGAAUACAACUUGGAUAGUAGGAUCAUUGUGUUAACCUGCAUCACCUGCAAUAUAAACCAAUGAAGUGUUUGGAAGCAGAAUACCUACAGCAUUAAAACAAACAAAAAACAAAAACAGUUGAAUAAGGGCUAUUGUUUAUCUGUUGCUAAAUGCGUUUCCCAUGGCCUUGGCCCUACAGUGUGCAGUUUGUAAAGGUCGGAAAUUAGUUAUAGCAUGGGGAUUUGAACUUUGGUAUGGACUAUUAUUAUGAAAUCCUGACACCUCAAGGCACUGUGCUCCUGGUUUGUACCCAAUCAUGUAAGCUUCUGGAGGGAAUAGAAAUACAAGACACACGGGUAAAUCGAAAAGUAUUUUAAGCUUCUGAUAAUGUAAUCUGAUAAUUUCAACUUUCUUAUUGUGAUUUUUUUUUUUACCAUAACAAGAAAUAAAUGUAGUAGACUAUA